CCAUCAAUGAAUUCAUGUUAAAGGUGUUGCAGAAAUUGACAAAAUGAAAUAAAGUACUUAGUAACGUGUUCAAAAGAAAAAGGUAUUUAAAAUCGACAGUAGCGCUUUAUCGUGAAAUUUCAGCCGGAAGUCUAAGUGUAAGCGCUAGCAUAUCCAGCUAAAUAGCGCCGCUAUCAACAACGCUAGCCUCGCCAUUAGCUUGGCUUCGUUGUUGAUACUUUCAUGGUCUGAGAAUUCCGUUGACUCGUUGAAUUAACCUCCUUUGAUGGGAAUCACCACGAAGAUGAUUCCCACCGAGGACGCGUCCGCCAGGAAGCGUGAGAUCGAGGAGAAGCUGAAGCAGGAGCAGGAGACGCUGUCCUUCAUCAGGGAAAACCUGGAGAAGAGCGACCAGUUGACCAAGGGCAUGGUCUCCAUCCUUUCUUCGUUCGAAAGCCGUCUGAUGCAGCUGGAGAACUCCAUCAUCCCGGUCCACAAACAGACGGAGAACCUGCAGCGGCUGCAGGAGAAUGUGGAUAAAACUCUGUCCUGCAUGGAUCACGUCAUCAGUUACUACCACGUGGCCAAAGACACAGACAGGAUCAUCAGAGAGGGUCCUACAGGAAGACUGGACGAGUAUCUUGCCUGUAUUGCAAAGAUUCAGAAAGCGGUGGAAUACUUUCAAGACAACAACCCCGACAGCCCUGAACUCAACACAGUGAAAGCUCGCUUCGAGAAGGGGAAGGAGCUGCUGGAGGCAGAGUUCCGCAGCCUGCUGACUCGCUACAGCAAACCCGUUCCCCCCAUCCUCAUCCUGGAUGCCAUCAGCGUGGAUGAUGAGCUGGAGGUUCCGGAGGAGGUGGUGCUGGAGCACCUGCCUGAAGCUGUGCUGCAAGACAUCAUCUGCAUUGCCGGCUGGCUGGUGGAGUACGGACGCAACCAGGAUUUCAUGAACGUCUAUUUCCAGAUCAGGUCCAACCAGCUGGAUCGGUCCAUCAAAGGCCUGAAGGACCACUUCCGCAAGAACAGCGCCUCGUCUGGAGUGCUCUACUCGCCCGCUGUCCAAACCAAACGCAAGGACACACCCACCAAGAAGGCCCCAAGGAGACCAGUCUACAUCCCAGGGACCAUUCGCAAGGCUCAGAACCUUCUGAAACAGUACUCACAGCAUGGGCUGGAUGGGAAAAAGGGGGGCUCUAACCUCAAUCCUCUGGAAGGUUACGAUCACGACCCGCGGGUCAAACACCACUCUGACGCCCUGACCGAGAAGCACGGGGCCGCUGCAGGAAAAGAUGAUGUCCUAGACAUCGAGAUCGACUCCUACAUUCACUGCAUCAGCGCCUUUGUAAAGCUGGCCCAGAGUGAGUACGCCCUCCUCACGGAGAUCAUCCCCGAGCACCAUCAGAAGAAGACCUUUGACUCCCUCAUUCAGGAGGCGCUGGACAACCUGAUGCUGGAGGGCGAGAACAUAGUAUCUGCAGCUCGAAGGGCCAUUAUGCGUCACGACUACUCAGCUGUUCUCACCAUCUUCCCCAUCCUGAAGCACCUGAAAAUGACCAAACCCGAGUUUGACGCAACACUCCAGGGGACGGCAGCGAGCACCAAGAACAAGCUGCCCACACUCAUAACCUCUAUGGAGACCAUCGGAGCCAAAGCUCUGGAGGAGUUUGCGGACAGCAUCAAGAACGAUCCAGACAAAGAGUACAACAUGCCCAAGGAUGGAACGGUCCAUGAGCUGACCAGCAACGCCAUCCUGUUCCUGCAGCAGCUGCUGGACUUCCACGAGACGGCCGGCGCCAUGUUGGCCUCACAAGUGCUGGGGAACACUUACAAUAUCCCUUUAGACCCCCGAGAGACGAGUUCGUCAGGCGGUGGCUCCACCUCGGAGUUCAACAAAAGGCUUCUCAGCACUUACAUAUGCAAAGUUUUAGGGAAUUUGCAGCUGAAUCUGCUCAGUAAGUCAAAGGUGUACGAGGACUCUGCUCUGAGCGCCAUCUUCCUGCACAACAACUACAACUACAUCCUGAAGUCCCUGGAGAAGUCGGACUUGAUCCAGCUGGUAACGGUGACCCAGAAGAAAGCAGAGAGUCAGUACAGAGAACUGAUUGAGCAGCAGAUGCAGAUGUACCAGCGCAGCUGGGUCAAGGUGACGGAGCAUCUGACGGACAGGAACAUGCCUGUAGGUCUACCUGGAGCCAAGCUGAAGGACAAAGAGCGACAAGUCAUUAAAGACAAAUUCAAGGGGUUCAACGAUGGCCUAGAGGAGCUGUGUAAGAUCCAGAAGGGUUGGGCGAUCCCCGACAAGCAGCAGCGGGACUUCAUCCGUCAGGCCCAGAAGAAGGUGGUGUCCGAUGCUUACAGGGUGUUUCUGCACAGAUGUGCUAAUAUCUCUUUCACCAAGAACCCAGAGAAGUAUCACAAGUAUCGACCAGAAGAGGUGGAAGACAUGAUAGAAAAGCUCUUUGACACAUCUGCCUGAGUUCCUGACCGACCGCACUGACUGGUUCUGUUUGUAACUGCAGACAAGGACAACCAACAAUUGUACUUAUGAGAUGGAUCCACACUCACACUAAUAAACACAACUGUGCAUUAUGUCA